CGGAGGGAAGGAGGGAGAGAGGGAGAGCAGCGUUGAACAUGGCGACCGGGAAGCUGCCGCCCUCCCGACGCGCAGUGUAGGCGGCCCCAGCGGAGCGGCGUCUCCAGGUGGCCGGACAUCGGCGACAUGUCGGUCUCGGAACUUUACAGCAAGUAUACAAAAGUUUGGAUUCCGGACCCCGAGGAUGUUUGGAAAUCCGCAGAAAUCACCAAGGACUACAGAGACGGUGAUGAGGUUCUUCACUUGAAACUGGAAGAUGAAACGCCUCUCGAGCAUCCUGUCAAUUCGAAGGCAAAUCAGCUGCCUUUCCUCCGUAAUCCAGAUAUACUUGUCGGUGAGAAUGACCUGACUGCGCUCAGUUAUCUCCAUGAGCCUGCGGUGCUCCACAAUCUGAAGGUCCGCUUCCUUGAAUCCAAUGCCAUAUACACCUACUGUGGUAUCGUCUUGGUCGCUAUUAAUCCUUAUGAGCAGCUGCCGAUUUAUGGAGAGGAUGUCAUUCAGGCAUACAGUGGGCAAAAUAUGGGGGACAUGGACCCCCAUAUCUUUGCCGUGGCCGAAGAGGCAUAUAAGCAGAUGGCCAGAGAUGAGAAGAACCAAUCGAUCAUCGUGAGCGGCGAGUCUGGAGCUGGAAAGACAGUGUCGGCCAAGUACGCCAUGCGCUACUUUGCGACGGUGGGUGGCUCAGCCAGCGAAGCAAAUGUUGAGGAGAAGGUCCUGGCCUCAAGUCCAAUUAUGGAGGCCAUUGGUAAUGCUAAGACGACAAGGAAUGAUAACAGCAGUCGCUUUGGGAAAUAUAUUCAAAUUGGUUUUGACCGCCGAUAUUACAUAAUUGGUGCCAACAUGCGGACAUAUCUGCUGGAGAAGUCAAGAGUGGUUUUCCAGGCAGAAGAUGAGCGCAACUACCAUAUCUUCUAUCAGCUGUGUGCCUCCGCCAAUCGCCCAGAAUUCAAGGAACUGUGUUUAAGCAGUGCAGAAGACUACUUCUACACCACCCAGGGUGGUAGCACGCUAAUAGACGGAGUUAACGAUGCUGAAGACUUUGAGAAAACUUGGGAUGCCUUUGCUCUACUUGGUGUGAAGGAUGCACACCAGAUGAACGUUUAUAGAGUGAUCGCUUCCAUUCUCCAUCUGGGAAACGUAGAGAUUGUUUCAGAGAGAGAUAUGGACUCGUGUGGUGUUGCUAAGAAGGAUAAGCACCUAAGCUACUUCUGUGAUCUGCUGGGGGUUGAACACGACCAGAUGGAACACUGGCUCUGUCAUCGCAAGCUCGUCACCACGUCAGAGACGUAUGUGAAGUCCAUGGCCAGGCAGCAUGCCCUCAAUGCCAGGAAUGCAUUGGCCAAGCACAUCUACGCCCAGCUCUUCAACUGGAUCGUGGAACAAAUCAACAAGGCACUUCAUACAACCAGCAAACAGCACUCGUUCAUUGGCGUCCUGGAUAUUUACGGGUUUGAAACUUUUGAUAUCAACAGUUUUGAACAAUUUUGCAUCAACUACGCUAAUGAGAAAUUGCAGCAGCAAUUUAACCUGCACGUCUUCAAAUUGGAGCAGGAGGAGUACAUGAAGGAACAAAUACCCUGGACGCUCAUCGACUUUUCCGACAACCAGCCGUGCAUCGACCUGAUUGAGGCCAAGCUGGGCAUCUUGGACCUGUUGGAUGAAGAAUGCAGGAUGCCGAAAGGCACGGACCAGAGCUGGGCCCAGAAACUGUACGAUCGCCAUUCGAACAGCCCGUACUUUCAGAAACCCCGAAUGUCCAAUAUGGCUUUCCUUGUUAUACAUUUUGCUGAUAAGGUGGAGUAUCAGUGUGAUGGGUUCCUAGAGAAGAACAGGGACACGGUCCAUGAAGAGCAGAUCAACAUACUGAAGGCCAGCAAGUACCAGCUGGUGGCCGACCUGUUCCAGGAGGAGGACUCUUCAGCUUCCACUGGCAAAGUGAAAACGGGAAAAAUAAACGUUCGUCCUCUCAAACCUGCCAUGAAGACAUCUAGCAAAGAGCACAAGAAAACUGUUGGACAUCAGUUUCGGAACUCACUGCAUCUGCUGAUGGAGACGUUGAACGCCACGACACCGCAUUAUGUGCGCUGCAUCAAGCCAAACGAUGGGAAGUGUGCUUUCUCGUUUGACCCUGCACGAGCUGUUCAGCAACUCCGGGCCUGUGGGGUGUUGGAGACGAUCCGUAUUAGUGCCGCAGGAUAUCCCUCCAGGUGGACGUACCACGAAUUCUUUGACAGAUAUCGGGUCCUAAUGAGGAAGAAGAACAUAAUUUUGAAUGAUAAGAAAGAGACCUGCAGGAGGCUUCUGGAUAAUAUUAUCAAGGAUCCGGAUAAAUUCCAGUUUGGCAAAACCAAGAUCUUUUUCCGUGCUGGUCAGGUGGCGUACCUGGAAAAGCUUCGAGCCGACAAGUUCCGGGCUGCCUGUAUGAUGAUCCAGAAGACGGUUCGUGGCUGGUUGCAGAGAAUCAAGUACAGGAGGAUGAGGAAGGCUGCCAUCACAAUUCAAAGAUACGUCCGAGGUUAUCAGGCACGCAGGUUGGCGGACUUCCUGCGGAGAUCGCGAGCGGCGAUAAUCUUGCAGAAACAGUGCAGGAUGCUGGCAGCCCGUCGCAAGUUCCUGAAAUUUCGCAACGCAGCUAUCACAAUUCAGGCGUACGCUCGGGGGAGGUCUGUGCGUCAGGUGUACCGUGAGUUACUAUUCCAGCACAAAGCUACCGUCAUUCAGAAGAACGUGAGGGGUUGGAUGACUCGCAAGCGAUUCCGCAGGAUUCGCAAUGCAGUCGUUUACCUGCAGUGUUGUUACAGACGGAUGAAGGCACGUCGCGAGCUGAAGGUGUUGCGCAUUGAAGCGCGAUCGGUGGAACACUACAAGAAGCUCACCAGCGGCAUGGAGAACAAAGUUGUUCAACUUCAACGGAAAGUGGAUGAUCAGAACAAGGAGUACAAGGCACUAACCGAGCAGAUAAUGGCAGUGAACACAGCACAGGCGACCGAAAUUGAUAAACUCCAGAAGGAGUUGGAGCGAUGCCGGGAACAGCAGGGCCAGGAGAACAGAGCAACCAGUUUACAGGAGGAGAUUGACGAACUCCAUAAGGAGCUUGAGAAGUCACAGAAAGAACACAAAAUCUUGGAGGAUUCUUCUGCAAGAGAAAAAGCAGAUCUUCAACAGCGUGUGCUGGAACUGGAACAGGAGAACACACUUCUGAAACAUGAAAAGGAGGAACUGAACCAACGCAUCAUGAGCGAAUCCAAGGACGCAGCAGAAAAAUUCUCAGAGAAGAUAGCAAAGGAAAAUGCACAGUCAAGGAAGGAGAUAGACGAAGAACGAUCUCGCUAUCAAAACCUCCUGAAGGAGUAUUCCCGUCUGGAGCAGCGCUAUGACAAUCUGCAGGAGGAGAUGACGUUCGUUAAGCAAACGCCAGGCCACCGGAGAAACCCUUCCAAUCAAAGCAGCCUCGAAUCUGAUUCCAACUAUCCCUCCAUCUCAAUGUCUGACAUCGGGGACACCGAGGACGCCGUGCAGCUGGUUGAGGAAGCAGGUCUGGAGAAUGCUGCUAUGGACAUGACUCUGUUCCUGAAACUGCAGAAACGAGUGCGGGAGCUGGAACAAGAGAGAAAGUCAUUACGUGCAGAGUUGGAGCAAAAGGAAACCAAAACGAUGGCAAAUGCGUACAACAGCAUCCCAGAUAACGAACAAGCUGCAGAAAUGGCCUAUGGAAGCUUAAAGCGACAUGAGCUUGAAUCGGAAAACAAGAAGCUGAAGAACGAACUCAAUGAUCUAAGGAAAGCCGUGGCAGAGAGAUCGGCGGCGGAGGACUCUAAUGAUGAAUCAGAAAAUGCCUACGGUGUACUUCUACAUCAGCUGAAAACGGCCAGCGAGGAGCUGGAGGUGCGGAAGGAGGAGGUCCUCAUGCUGAAAACUCAGAUAGUCAAAGCGGCUCAGCAGAAGGAGGAGGCAAAAGCUACGGAUAAUGUGACCGAAAAAUAUGAGUGGAAAAGAAGUGAUGAAAACACAGACAAGGAUGAUGCAAUUGAGGCCUACAAUGGCAUAUGUGAGACUAAUAGCCAGGCUGAAGACUGGCACUACCUCAAUGAAGAUGGAGAGCUUGGCCUGGCAUAUCAAGGCCUAAAGCAAGUUGCCAGGCUACUUGAGGCACAGUUGCAGUCUCAGAUCAAGCAACACAACGAAGAGGUGGAGAGACUGCAGACUCAGAUCGAGAGUCUGAAGGAGGAGAUGGAAAAGCAGCAACAGGUGCUCACACAGACACUACAGAUGUCUCCAGAUGCACGCAUUGAGUAUAACAUACAACAGGAGAUCACCCGUCUCACCAAUGAGAACCUGGACCUUAAGGAGCUGGUGGAAAAACAGGAGAAGAAUGAGAAGAAACUGAAGAAGCAACUCAAGAUUCACAUGAAGAAAGUUCAAGAGCUUGAAGCCCGAAACACAGCACAGAAAGAGGCAAGACGAGAACAACUAACCCGACAGGUCACUGUGCAACGGAAGGAGAAGGAGUUCCAGGGAAUGCUGGAAUAUUAUAAGGAGGAUGAAACGCUACUUAUUCGCAGCCUCAUCACAGAUCUGAAACCCCAAGCAGUGUCUGCCACUGUGCCCGGCCUGCCGGCAUAUAUCCUUUUCAUGUGCCUUAGACACGCAGAUUAUCUCAACGAUGACCAGAAGGUCCACUCACUGCUAACGGGGACUAUCAAUGGCAUCAAAAAAGUAUUAAAGAAACACAAUGAUGACUUUGAAAUGAUGUCAUUUUGGUUAUCCAACACUUGCCGCCUAUUACAUUGUUUAAAACAAUACAGUGGGGAUGAGGAUUUCAUGAAACAGAAUAACUCGCGGCAGAAUGAGCACAGCCUGAAGAACUUUGACCUCACGGAGUACCGCCAAGUUCUGAGUGACCUCUCCAUUCAGAUUUAUCAGCAACUGGUUAAGGUUGCAGAAGGUCUCCUUCAGCCAAUGAUAGUGUCUGCAAUGCUGGAGAAUGAGAGUAUCCAGGGUCUGUCGAGCAUGAAACCCACGGGCUACAGGAAGCGUUCUUCCAGCCGGGUGGACGGAGACGACAGCUACACGCUAGAUGCCAUGUUGCGCCAACUGAACUUGUUAAACCACACUAUGUGUGAGCAUGGACUGGAUCCGGAGAUUAUCCAGCAGGUCUUUCGGCAACUUUUCUACGUCAUUAAUGCUGUGACACUCAACAAUCUGCUGCUGAGGAAGGACGUCUGCUCAUGGAGUACGGGAAUGCAGAUCAGAUAUAACAUCAGCCAGCUAGAAGAGUGGUUGCGAGGAAAAAACUUACAACAAAGUGGGGCCGUGAAGACAUUGGAACCUCUAAUCCAAGCUGCACAACUUCUCCAAGUGAAGAAGAAAUCCACUGAAGAUGCUGCAGCCAUCUGCUCGAUGUGUAAAGAUUUGUCCACACAACAGAUUGUCAAAAUAUUAAACCUAUACACACCACUAAAUGAGUUUGAAGAACGUGUAACUGUAUCCUUCAUUAGAAAUAUUCAGUCCAGUUUACAAGACCGCAAUGAACAGCCUCAGCUACUGUUGGACUUCAAGCGCAUGUUUCCUGUUAUGUUCCCAUUCAACCCUUCGUCACUCAACCUGGACACCAUACACAUCCCAGCAAACCUGAACUUGACUUUCCUCAUCCGAGUGUAGAACAAAGGGUUUCUGUGCACGUUUACAGAGAGGGAGGAAACCUGAAGGUUGCUGCGUCUCAGUGAUUACUGGAACAAUGAAUCACACAAGCAUAUCAAAACUCAAAAUAACCCAUCAUCGUUGCGAAUAAACAUCUCACACAAACCAUCUGAAAUUUAUUUAGAUGGAACAUCAUGUGUCUGCAGUGAUAGACAAUGUCUUAUUUUUAUAAUUAACAAAGCAAUGACAACUUGUUGAGUAUAAUAUAAAAACAGAGAAGACCGUACCACAGAUUUUGAUAUUUAUGACCCAUGUAAACUUUAUAACCAGAAGAAGAGGAGGCUGGAUUUGUAACGUGAUUUCUGCAUGUUUUGCAACUCAUCUUUGGCUUCCUGUCACAAUUCAGGUCUGAAAUGGAAGAGCCUACUUUGCAUUCCUAAUACAUUCAGUGACAGAGCAAUCUAUGGUUGGGUGGAAUUGUUCUCUGUCACCAUACGAGGAGACACCAUCAAUGCGCUGUUAAUUGUGGUGUCCUCCGAAUACUUGGCCUUUAUAUACUUACAAAUCAGCUGAUUGGUUGUCA